ACUUAAUACUCCGACGUCUGAUCAUAUGACAAGAAGGUGGUGUUGUGAUUUCAGUGCAAAAAUAGAAACUUGGCCUGCAGUGAUAUCACCAUACUUAAAAAUUCGUCAACGAGGAUACUGUUAAAAAAUGAAAUAAAGGACAAGAUGGGGACGAAUAAACCAGUUAAUGGAAUAACCUGAAAACUUCUGGUCAAAGAAGUCGAUAUGGAUACUGAAACAAGAGCAUCCAGCAUCUGAAGGAAUGACAGACUAUCUUCUUGUGGAGCCAUCCUCCUUGGAGGAUUUAAAGGCUCCCUUACGGGGAUCUGCUAGGCUAAAGUACACCUGCUUUGAUGUGUCUAGUCGCUACAUCGCUGUGGGGAGUAAUACUGGCUCUGUUUACAUCUUUGACAAGAACAGUCUGCGACAUCUCCAGGUUGUCUUCACCGAAGAGGAACCUUCUUCAGUUAAUAAUGUGAAACUGUGUGCAUCAAACAAAACAGUGGCCUUCUCCAUGAUAAAUGGCCUUGUCCAAGUGAUGGAGCUGAAUAUUGACAAGAGACAGAAACCUGAGAGGCUGCGGUCAGUGAGCAAUCACCUACACCGGACGGUCAGCUGUAUUCACUGGGACCCAUCAGGGCAGAAGCUGUAUACUGCAGAUAACAUAGGCAAUGUAGUGGUCGCCAACAUCCCGUCCUCAAAGAUGAAGAACUUGGUGCAGGUUCCAGUAGAGGUCAUCCUGAAUUUGUCUGUGCCUGUCAUACAGCUAGACUUCUACCAAGACAAGCUCCUCGUGUCCACACGCACUGAGUGCUUCCUCUGUAACACAGCCAAACAUAACUAUCUACAGAUUGGAACAAAACCAAGAGAUGGUGUUUACGGAGCCUGUUUUCUACAAGGUGAUAAUACAGUGCCCAUUAUGUACUGUGCCAGACCUGGAUCUCGCCUAUGGGAGGUAGAUAUUGAGGGCAAUGUCCAACACACUCACCAGUUCAAACAACUGCUGGCCAUUCCACCAGUUCAUGUGCUGUCUAUCAGAGAUAACACAUGGAGAUUAGAAAAGAAGGAAUUUCCUCCUCUGGGCAUCAAUUUUCCUGUUUUGAAAUGUUUAAGUAAUAAGUUUAUAUUGACAUGGAACAAAACCAAAUUAAUCCUGCUCGACCCCCUACAAGAACAGCCAAAGGUCAUACUAUGGACAGAAUUCCAAACAGAUAUAUUGGAAGCUGGAAUUCAUGGAACAGAGAUAUACGUUUUCUUGACAUCGGGAGAAAUCCUCAAAUUGAUAUUGAUGUCAGCCUCUCAGACAGUUUCUGUUUUGGUCAGUCGUAAAUUGUGGGAGCUGGCGGCCCAGGUGUGUGGGACGUACAGCCAGUCAAUCAUGGCCAACCACGGUGGAAGACAUUUGUCUCGGAAAAUGUUAAAAGACCUUGUACAAAACAUUCACAAUGGCUGCCAAUCAGAACACGAAGGAAAAGUGAUGGAAAUAUUUGAAAAGAUUUCUGCAGAAGCUGCUUCAAGCUCAGAGACUGAGGGGUCGGAAUAUAGUCGGAGUCGAUCAAGUUCUGGAGCUUCCGUAGUACGUCUGGAUUCUGGAAUCUACCAGAUAAAAAAUUCUAAGAGUUCCGCUUCUCUGGAUUCCUGGAAUGAGACGGGAUCUCAAGAUGAAGUGGAUUCUGGGACAUCUUCUCCAGGAAAGUUACCAUCUGGUACAAAUGAAGUCAUUGUGAACAUUGUAGAUGAGGAUGAAUUGGAGAAAGACUUAAAUUCUAAUGAUAAAUCAAAACAAGACCAAGAGAGGUGUUUUGUGGAUACUGAGAGUUCAGAACAGUUGGAGAAAAAUCAGGAUAUGCCAGUAUGUACUAUUAAUAGUGGCCAUGUAAAGGUUGAAUCAUCUGAAGUGGAGAAUCAUACCGAACUGAACAAAGAAAGCCUGAACCGCUUAAUUAAUUCGGAUGACAUAUUUGCUGAUGAUGAAAUUCUUAUACCAAGGGGGUCUAUAAAAUUGGCAACAAAGAAACCCAAAUUAAAUGGUGAUUUGAAUGAGAACUCAUUUGAACAAGCAAAUUCUUCUCAGAAUGGACUAGUUAAGGAUGAGAUUAUUGAAAUAGUAUCUAUUCAAGACCAAGAUCUCACACCGCUCAUUGUGAAAAAGUCUGUAUCAGACGGGCAGAGAAAGUCAAGCACUCGCAAAAAAGCAGUCACGGUGGACAUUGAUGGAAGAAAACCAAAGGACGAGAAACACAGACGAAGAAAUUCAAGGAGUAAAUUAAAGGAGACAGAUAGAGAGCACAAGAAGCAAGAAUCCUCCCAUUCCUCCAAAGAAAUGAUCUCAAAUUCAGCUCCCAAUGAAUAUUUGAAUAGCAUUCCAGUCACCCAAUCAAAUUCUUCCCCUCUUAAAAGAACAGAGAGUUGCCCUGCGAUGACAGAGAAACCCAGUCUGAUCCAGCCUAAUGCAGCAGAAUUACCUUCACCUUCAGUGUCUCCUCUCAGUCAGUCAUGGGAAGAACCCACCAAAAUGACCUUGACCUCUGUCAAGGGCAGUUUACAGUCUAAGUUUGCUAACACUAAGAAGAAGUUCUUGGAUACAAUCAAAGAAAAGAAAAGAAUUUCAUCUUCCCCCAAAGAUUCUAAAGAAUCACCAGUUCAGAUACAGGUAACUUCCUGUAUACCUGAAGAACAAGAAUUGAAACAAGACAUUCCCCUUUCUGAUCCAGUGCAAGAAUCACCCAUAUUGGGCCUCAAUGAGUUUAUCCAGAAAACUGUCAAAACUAGGGCAAAGCUGCAGGACUUUUCUGUCAUGCUUAAUCCUGAUGCAUUGUGGGAGACACUUGCUGAUUGGAUGAUUUCUCUGAAUACUGUGAUGAAGAAUUUAAAUACUCAAAAAUAUUUGAAGGUGCUACAAAGUAAACAUUCAGAGAGAUGCAGGCUAAGGCUGGUUACCGAGUCUUCAAAAGAGGAGAAUAAAAGUGAUGUUAUGGAAGAUGUUCAGACGGCUCUAGAUGACACAGAGAAAGACAAGGAAGUAAUGAAUACAGAAUGUGAACAACCAUCAAGUCCUAUGUUAGAGCUCAGUGAUUUUGAGAAGUUCAGUGUUCAAGAUUUCUGUAAUGUAGAAGAUCCUCUCCAGCUAUCUAGUGAAAUGUUUACUCUAGUGAAAGAUUUGACUAGACAUUGUUUUAACUCCCGAUGUUUCAAUAAUAUAGUUGGUUCUAUUGGACCUGAUCUUGGUGCUAUUUCUUUCUGUGAUAUCUGUCCAAACUGUUACCAGACAAAUGAAACGAACAUCGCUUCUGUGUUUAAUACCUCUGUGAGAUUAAGUGGAGAACAUAUGAAAACAGAUGUGUUUGGUAACCCUGGUGACAAAGGAGAAGGCAUUAGCGGCUCAAGUAUUCUUGAGUCUGUAGUCAAUACUCAGGGACCCUGCAAAAGUACUGUAAAUGAAAACUCAAGUGUUUGUGAUACUGAAGAAAAUAAUUUCUUAGACAGUUCACAUUGUGAAGUUUCAGAACAUGGCAUAUCAAACAUACGGUCUUUAGGAAUGAAUGGAGUAACAGCACUCGAUACUAGUGAUAUAGCAGCAUUUGUCAGGUGCUAUUUCUUCUUACUGGACAAAAUUGAUUUGAUACAAAGCGUAUACUUAACGAGGAGUACUUUGUCACAAGACGAUAAGUUCCAAGUGUGGACAGCUUGGAUGCAGAGUCUGCAAGUCAAGAAUGAAGCGGACAGUUCCUUGUUAGCACUAGAUAAGAAGAGUAAAGAUGAAGCCAUUAGCAUGUUGGAGUUGAGUAGACAUGACCAACAGAGGGCGUUGUUUUCUGUUUACAAAUUGUUCAAGAGGUUUCCAGUGGAGACUGUCUCCUUCUGUGUGAAAUGCGACCAUCUCCAGCCAGUAGAUAUCGUAUAUUUAUGUCAACACUACCAACAAGAUGAGAACGUCCUUCUGGAUCAGUACAUGUGUGGGAGAUUUGUAGAGCUUCAGUCAUCUAGAAGGUUGCUCAAAAGUAACUUGAUAACGGAGGAGAGAGUGGCACUGACUUGGCUUCGUACAUUACUGGGGAAGACUGUGGUAUCUCAGCAGCUCAAGGAUGAAGAUGGCAACCCCUGGCUGUCUAGCCAUUGUGUGGCUUGGGAAGACAGGGAUAAAGUAGACUUUAUUCUACUCAACAUCAGUGAGGAUCACAGAGAAAAAUGUUUUAGCAUGUGUACAGAGUCAGGUUAUUGGAGAGGUUGUCUCAUCUUAUUGAAAAAGCAGCAGAAAUGGAGAGAAAUGGCCACCAUGAUAUUCUGUCUUGGAGAUCUUCAACUUUUCAGUGAAAUGGAUCUUCUUCCAGAGACAAUAAGUGACUGGAAAUCCUUCGUAGAACUGUUUCAGUUGUAUUCUGACAAUCAUCAAAAGAAGUAUCAUUCUAAUGUUGAAAACAAUAGCUAUAGAAAUCCAACAGCCCAUGAUAAUUCAUUGGUUCACAAAGAGGCGUCAGAUAACCAAUCAAGCUUCGAAAAGAUGUCUGAAUCGUCUGAUUUGCAUUCCCAGGUGAAAAAUAGUGAUAUAAGUGUUCCAAAUACCCCCGGUAAAGAAAGCCCCUGUGGAGAUCUUGAGAAUAAAACUUUUCAUGAAAGAAAAUCCGAAUCCCCAGCAUUUUGUGGCUUAGAAACUGAAAGCUUAACACAUAAGGAGACAACAGAGUUUUCAGAUGGACCAGUGUGUGGUGGGGGGUGCAUCUCCUUGGGUGAGGUGGCAUCUCUGAUGCUCCAGCACUUGGACGAGUCGGUCUGUGUGGGGAUUUGGACAGAGAUGGAGGUCGCAGAGGGCUGCAUUGACCAGUCUGUCUACCAGUCCAGUAUUACUACAGCAUUAAACCACAGACAUCAAAGAAAUGUGAUGCACAAUCUUCUAGAAAAAAUUGACUCAUAUUUGUGGGCCAAGAAACCGAACACACUUAUGCCUGAGUUACAGUAUGCUGUGUCUGUAGAAAGGAAAUCCAGAGGUUCACGCAAAGAAAGAACCAAUGAGCAACUGAUGACGCUGCUGUCAGAGAAGCCUGCUGAUGGGAGAAGAUACAUGGAAGAUUCGGAAUGUCACUGGGGCAUUACUACUAACAUUCUCAAGUGUUGUCGAAUGUGCAAUAUUUCCUUGUCGGAGAGUAUUUCUCAUGUAGAACCAGGAAUUCUUGUGUUUGACUGUGGUCAUGGAUUUCACAAGUACUGUUGCCAGGGCAGAGUAUGUCAACUGUGUUCAUAAACUUCCAAAAAUUUAAUUUUUGUAUUCCCUCAUGUAUGAAUAGCAAAAUGAAAUGUACACUUAUAAUUUAUUUUGAUCAUUUACAUGUCAUUCCAAUUAUUAAAUAAAUUUCAUAACAGCAAA